AUGGCCUACCAGCCCGGCGAGUACCUCGACCCCAUCCAGGAAUCGGGUGAAUCGUUGAAAUACGACCAAGAAGACUACGACGAAGACAUUGCAUCGAACCCUUACACUUAUGACGAGGAAGACGCGCCAGAGGCCUACGCGGGCAACCUCCAUUACUACGAUUCCUAUGCUUCAGGCAACUACUCCCGCGCAAACUACAGACCCCCAGCUCGCUCCCGCUCUCCUACGCCUGCAUUUGACGACGACUACCGAAUCGUGGCUGAUGGGAGUGUGGAAUAUGAUGGAGACGCGGAGAAGGGUGGCUCUUUCUAUGCCGAGGGCUACCCGAACAGCCAAUACGCGCCAUACUCAACCUAUGAGUUUGACACGUUUGCCAACGGAGAAGAGACCCCACACGAGACGCGUCAUUUUGGUCCCGCUCCAGUCGGUCCCGCUAUUAGGAGGAACAAGAAACGACGCGUUCGAUUGACGAAGGGAAACUUGGUUGUGGAUCUGGAUGUUCCUACCAGACUUGUUCUCCCUCGACGAGACCCGGAAUUCCUCAAAACACGCUAUUCUGCGGUCACCUGUGAUCCAGACGAUUUUGAGGCAAAAGGGUUUGAGUUGCGGCAGACAUUGAUGGGCAGACAAACCGAGCUCUUCAUCGUUAUUACCAUGUUCAACGAGGAUGAGAUAUUACUGUGUCGAACCCUCCAUGGGGUCAUGAAGAACAUAUCCCAUCUAUGCACCAGAAAGAGCUCGCAAACAUGGGGUCCAGAAGCUUGGAAAAAGGUCGUCGUCUGCAUUGUGGCCGAUGGACGGAGGAAGAUCAACCCCCGCGUUCUUGACUGUCUGACUCUGCUUGGUGUCUACCAACCUGGUGGUCCGAUGCUCAAUUCCAUCAACAGGAAGGAGGUCACCGCACAUGUGUUUGAGUACACAACGUCGUUUGUCAUAGACGAGAACCUCAAAUUUCGGUAUCCUGAUAAAGGGAUCGUCCCGACCCAAAUUAUAUUUUGCAUGAAAGAGAAGAACCAGAAGAAGAUUAAUAGUCACCGUUGGUUCUUCAAUGCCUUUGCGCCACUGCUCCAGCCCAAUGUGUGUGUUCUCCUUGAUGUCGGGACACGACCGGGGCCAACUGCCAUCUAUCGACUGUGGAAGGCGUUCGAUGUGAAUUCCAGAGUCGCCGGUGCGUGUGGCGAAAUAUCCACAUAUAAGGGCAAAAAUUGGAUAAAACUGUUAAAUCCACUCGUCGCUGCACAAAACUUCGAGUACAAAAUUAGUUGCAUUUUGGACAAACAGACGGAAUCCAUGUUUGGUUAUAUCAGCGUUCUGCCUGGCGCUUUCUCGGCAUAUCGAUAUAUUGCACUGCAGAACAACCGACACGGUAUCGGCCCUUUGGCCUCUUACUUCAAAGGCGAAGAGCUCCAUGGUCACGACACGGACAUGUUCACGUCUAAUAUGUAUCUCGCGGAGGACCGCAUUCUGUGUUUUGAACUGGUUGCCAAACAAGAUAGUGCCUGGAUCCUAAAAUACGUUCGAGGAGCUGUUGCCGAGACUGAUGUUCCUGACGCGUUGUCGGAGUUUAUCAGCCAACGGCGACGAUGGCUGAACGGCUCUUUCUUCGCGGCCGUAUACGCUAUCGCCCAUGUCGGGCAAAUCUUGCGCUCCGGUCACAGAUAUACCAUCAUCAACCUCAUCUUCUCGUGGUUUAGCAUUGGAAAUCUAUAUAUUUCAUUUGUUGUACUAACAAGCUCACUCGAAGCACCUUACUUUCGCAUGCCCACAAUCAAAUAUGUUAAUAACAUUAUUCAGUAUCUCAUGGUGGCCGUCGUCAUCGCAUGUUUUUUCUUCUCCAUGGGAAACAAGCCACACGCGGCAAAAUGGAAAUACAAAUCAGCAGCACUGGCACUUGCUGCUAUAAUGACCUACAUGGUGUUCGCCUCCGUGAUGUGUGCCCUGGCCGCCGCUGCCCAGGGCGGUAGCUCCAACUCGGCGAUGCUUUUCUCCGUCAUCAUCAUCUAUGGUACUUAUGCAGCAUCGGCGAUUCUCGCGUUCGACCCAUGGCAUAUGCUCACGUCUUUUAUUCCUUAUGUCCUGCUCUCACCAACAUAUAUCAACAUCCUCAACAUCUAUGCAUUCUCCAACCUUGACGACAUUUCAUGGGGCACUAAACAAGACUCUAUCCAAGAAGUCGAUCUUGGCGCCGUCGUGCAAGACAUCCACGCGGAAGUCCAGGUCGAGAUGUCGACCGACCAGGCAGACAUGAACAACAUCUACGAAGAGGCCUUAUCAAACAUCCGCAAUCGGAAGCCAGCGUAUACUCAGAACACGCCGAUGAGCAACACGGAGAAGGAUCAGGUCGCGAAGGACUACUAUGCGAACGUCCGCACGAAUGUACUGUUAGCUUGGGUUCUUUCCAAUGGCGUCCUUCUGGCAGGAGUUUUGGGAGGAGGGGCCGAUCCGUCCAGUACCUUCAGCGGCCAUCUCGGUCGGACGAAAGGCUACCUCAUCUUCAUUCUCGUGUUCACGGCGCUCCAAAACUUGAUUCGGUUCUCGGUGUCGACGUUGUACCUGCUUGUGACCUUCAUUACUGGAUAA